AUGAUUGGUAAAAUAGUAGGUCAGAAGUAUGUGACCAUUGCUAAGGCAUGGUUCCCAACGAUGGCUGGUUGGGGCUCAACAGCAGGUAUAGCUAUUGUCUACGUAACAGACUGGUGAUUGAUUUUGGAUCAUGUUCCCUACAUCAAUGGCAAAUUUAAGAAGGACGAGUAGUGACGAUAAGGUUAGUCUGAGAAAUGGCAGAAACAGCAUGCUAAAUAUGGAGAUUAUCAUUGAGGCCUGAAGCGUCAUCACACUUCUCUUGGCUCAAGACUGUUUCAGUGGCGUAAUGUUUGCAAGUGUGAGACCAGACCCCAAAUUCAAACAACUUCCUCUUCUGCAGCUAUAUUGGCUUUAGACCUUUUGAGUCAGUGUUCACAUCUCUUACACGCUGCGGUUUUGUGUAACACAAAAUGCUUUCUAGGAACUAUACCUGUCAGUGCAUACACAGAAUUCAGUUAUUACCAAGCGUGAAACAUGUUUUACAAAUAUAUGCAGUUGUGUUACAUUGUCAGUAUUCAAUUCA